AUGCCUGCGGAGGGUAUUCCUGCGCUUUGCAAUUGUCCCCAUAAAUUGUAUACGGGGGGGGGGGGGGGGGUGGGGGGGGGGGGGGGGGGGGGGGGGGGGGGGGGGGGGGGGGGGGGGGGGGGGGGGGGUGGGGGGGGGGGGGGUGGGGGGGGGGGGGGGGGGGGGGGGGGGGGGGGGGGGGGGUGGGGGGGGGGGGGGGGGGGGGGGGGGGGGGGGUGGGGGGGGGGGGGGGGGGGGGGGGGGGGGGGGGGGGGGGGGGGGGGGGGGGGGGGGGGGGGGGGGGGGGGGGGGGGGGGGGGGGGGGGGGGGGGGGGGGGGGGGGGGGGGGGGGGGGGGGGGGGGGGGGUGGGGGGGGGGGGGGGGGGGGGGGGGGGGGGGGGGGGGGGGGGGGGGGGGUGGGGGGGGGGGGGGGGGGGGGGGGGGGGGGGGGGGGGGGGGGGGGGGGGGGGGGGGGGGGGGGGGGGGGGGGGGGGGGGGGGGGGGGGGGGGGGGGGGGGGGGGGGGGGGGGGGGGGGGGGGGGGGGGGGGGGGGGGGGGGGGGGGGUGGCGGGGGGGGGGGGGGGGGGGGGAGGCGGGGGGGGGGGGGGGGGGGGGGGGGGGGGGGGGGGGGGGGGGGGGGGGGGGGGGGGGGGGGGUGGGGGGGGGGGGGGGGGGGGGGGGGGGGGGGGGGGGGGGGGGGGGGGGGGGGGGGGGGGGGGGGGGGGGGGGGGGGGGGGGGGGGGUGGGGGGGGGGGGGGGGGGGGGGGGGGGGGGGGGGGGGGGGGGGGGGGGGGGCGGGGGGGGGGGGGGGGGGGGGGGGGGGGGGGGGGGGGGGGGGGGGGGGGGGGGGGGGGGGGGGGGGGGGGGGGGGGGGGGGGGGCGGGGGGGGGGGGGGGGGGGGGGGGGGGGGGGGGGGGGGGGGGUGGGGGGGGGGGGGGGGGGGGGGGGGGGGGGGGGGGGGGGGGGGGGGGGGGGGGGGGGGGGUGGGGGGGGGGGGGGGGGGGGGGGGGGGGGGGGGGGGUGGGGGGGGGGGGGGGGGGGGGGGGGGGGGGGGGGGGGGGGGGGGGGGGGGGGGGGGGGGGGGGGGGGGGGGGGGGGGGGGGGGGGGGGGGGGGGGGUGGGGGGGGGGGGGGGGGGGGGGGGGGGGGGGGGGGGGGGGGGGGGGGGGGGGGGGGGGGGGGGGGGGGGGGGGGGGGGGGGGGGGGGGGGGGGGGGGGGGGGGGGGGGGGGGGGGGGGGGGGGGGGGGGGGGGGGGGGGGGGGGGGGGGGUGGGGGGGGGGGGGGGGGGGGGGGGGGGGGGGGGGGGGGGGGGGGGGGGGGGGGGGGGGGGGGGGGGGGGGGGGGGGGGGGGGGGGGGGGGGGGGGGGGGGGGGGGGGGGGGGGGGGGGGGGGGGGGGGGGGGGGGGGGGGGGGGGGGGGGGGGGGGGGGGGGGGGGGGGGGGGGGGGGGGGGGGGGGGGGGGGGGGGGGGGGGGGGGGGGGGGGGGGGGGGGGGGGUGGGGGGGGGGGGGGGGGGGGGGGGGGGGGGGGGGGGGGGGGGGGGGGGGGGGGGGGGGGGGGGGUGGGGGGGGGGGGGGGGGGGGGGGGGGGGGGGAGGGGGGGGGGGCGGGGGGGGGGGGGGGGGGGGGGGGGGGGGGGGGGGGGGGGGGGGGGGGGGGGGGGGGGGGGGGGGGGGGGGGGGGGGGGGGGGGGGGGGGGGGGGGGGGGGGGGGGGGGGGGGGUGGGGGGGGGGGGGGGGGGGGGGGGGGGGGGGGGGGGGGGGGGGGGGGGGGGGGGGGGGGGGGGGGGGGGGGGGGGGGGGGGGGGGGGGGGGGGGGGGGGGGGGGGGGGGGGGGGGGGGGGGGGGGGGGGGGGGUGGGGGGGGGGGGGGGGGGGGGGGGGGGGGGGGGGGGGGGGGGGGGGGGGGGGGGGUGGGGGGGGGGGGGGGGGGGGGGGGGGGGGGGGGGGGGGGGGGGGGGGGGGGGGGGGGGGGGGGGGGGGGGGGGGGGGGGGGGGGGGGGGGGGGGGGGGGGGGGGGGGGGGGGGGGGGGGGGGGGGGGGGGGGGGGGGGGGGGGGGGGGGGGGGGGGGGGGGGGGGGGGGGGGGGGGGGGGGGGGGGGGGGGGGGGGGGGGGGGGGGGGGGGGGGGGGGGGGGGGGGGGGGGGGGGGGGGGGGGGGGGGGGGGGGGGGGGGGGGGGGGGGGGGGGGGGGGGGGGGGGGGGGGGGGGGGGGGGGGGGGGGGGGGGGGGGGGGGGGGGGGGGGGGGUGGGGGGGGGGGGGGGGGGGGGGGGGGGGGGGGGGGGGGGGGGGGGGGGGGGGGGGGGGGGGGGGGGGGGGGGGGGGGGGGGGGGUGGGGGGGGGGGGGGGGGGGGGGGGGGGGGGGGGGGGGGGGGGGGGGGGGGGGGGGGGGGGGGUGGGGGGGGGGGGGGGGGGGGGGGGGGGGGGGGGGGGGGGGGGGGGGGGGGGGGGGGGGUGGGGGGGGGGGGGGGGGGGGGGGGGGGGGGGGGGGGGGGGGGGGGGGGGGGGGGGGGGGGGGGGGGGGGGGGGGGGGGGGGGGGGGGGGGGGGGGGGGGGGGGGGGGGGGGGGGGGGGGGGGGGGGGGGGGGGGGGGGGGGGGGGGGGGGGGGGGGGGGGGGGGGGGGGGGGGGGGGGGGGGGGGGGGGGGGGGGGGGGGGGGGGGGGGGGGGGGGUGGGGGGGGGGGGGGGGGGGGGGGGGGGGGGGGGGGGGGGGGGGGGGGGGGGGGGGGGUGGGGGGGGGGGGGGGGGGGGGGGGGGGGGGGGGGGGGGGGGGGGGGGGGGGGGGGGGGGGGGGGGGGGGGGGGGGGGGGGGGGGGGGGGGGGGGGGGGGGGGGGGGGGGGGGGGGGGGGGGGGGUGGGGGGGGGGGGGGGGGGGGGGGGGGGGGGGGGGGGGGGGGGGGGGGGUGGGGGGGGGGGGGGGGGGGGGGGGGGGGGGGGGGGGGGGGGGGGGGGGGGGGGGGGGGGGGGGGGGGGGGGGGGGGGGGGGGGGGGGGGGGGGGGGGGGGGGGGGGGUGGGGGGGGGGGGGGGGGGGGGGGGGGGGGGGGGGGGGGGGGGGGGGGGGGGGGGGGGGGGGGGGGGGGGGGGGGUGGGGGGGGGGGGGGGGGGGGGGGGGGGGGGGGGGGGGGGGGGGGGGGGGGGGGGGGGGGGGGGGGGGGGGGGGGGGGGGGGGGGGGGGGGGGGGGGUGGGGGGGGGGGGGGGGGGGGGGGGGGGGGGGGGGGGGGGGGGGGGGGGGGGGGGGGGGGGGGGGGGGGGGGGGGGGGGGGGGGGGGGGGGGGGGGGGGGGGUGGGGGGGGGGGGGGGGGGGGGGGGGGGGGGGGGGGGGGGGGGGGGGGGGGGGGGGGGGGGGGGGGGGGGGGGGGGGGGGGGGGGGGGGGGGGGGGGGGGGGGGGGGGGGGGGGGGGGUGGGGGGGGGGGGGGGGGGGGGGGGGGGGGGGGGGGGGGGGGGGGGGGGGGGGGGGGGGGGGGGGGGGGGGGGUGGGGGGGGGGGGGGGGGGGGGGGGGGGGGGUGGGGGGGGGGGGGGGGGGGGGGGGGGGGGGGGGGGGGGGGGGGGGGGGGGGGGGGGGGGGGGGGGGGGGGGGGGGGGGGGGGGGGGGGGGGGGGGGGGGGGGGGGGGGGGGGGGGGGGGGGGGGGGGGGGGGGGGGGGGGGGGGGGGGGGGGGGGGGGGGGGUGGGGGGGGGGGGGGGGGGGGGGGGGGGGGGGGGGGGGGGGGGGGGGGGGGGGGUGGGGGGGGGGGGGGGGGGGGGGGGGGGGGGGGGGGGGGGGGGGGGGGGGGGGGUGGGGGGGGGGGGGGGGGGGGGGGGGGGGGGGGGGGGGGGGGGGGGGGGGGGGGGGGGGGGGGUGGGGGGGGGGGGGGGGGGGGGGGGGGGGGGGGGGGGGGGGGGGGGGGGGGGGGGGGGGGGGGGGGGGGGGGGGGGGGGGGGGUGCGGGUUGCGCACGGGCCUUGGAAGCUAG